AUGGCGCCUUCCAAGCAAGUUGUUGCCAUUUCUGGCGACAAGACUGUCUCCCCUGUCAGCUCCGAUCAGACACUCAAAGCCUCCAAGGCCCUCCUGUCACACAUAAAAAAGGCCGCGCAGGAAAAGGCCCAGGAUUCGUCAAAGCGCAACCUGCUCGACGAUGACGAUGCCGAGGGCGGCUCCGCCGACGCCGACUCGACGCCCAUCUGGCUGACCCUGACGACGAAGCGCCACAUCGUCGACAAGACGCGGCUGCAGCCCGGCAGGAUCCCGUUGCCACACUCGCUCAACGCCGACCAGCCGGUGGACAUCUGCCUGAUCACGGCGGACCCCCAGCGCACGUACAAGGACAUUGUGGCGUCGGACGAGUUCCCCGCCGAGCUGCGCGCGCGCGUCGGCCGUGUCAUCGGCUUCAGCAAGCUCAAGGCCAAGUUCAGCCAGUAUGAGGCGCAGCGCAGGCUGCUGUCCGAGCACGACAUAUUCCUUGCCGACGACCGCAUCAUCAACCGCAUCCCCAAGGUGCUAGGCAAGACCUUCUUCAAGACGACGGCCAAGAGGCCCAUCCCCGUGGUCCUAUCGCCCAAGGACUCCAAGAAGGCGGGCGUCGGCGCCGCCGAGAAGAAGGCGAAGAAGGCGGCGGCCCAGCGCUCUGACGAGGAGAGGGCCGCCAAGCCUGCCCAGAUCGCCCACGAGAUCGAAAAGGCCCUGAGCUCCGCCCUGGUCAGCCUCUCGCCCACGACCAACACGGCCGUCCGCGUCGGCUACGCCGGUUGGGCGCCCGAGAAGGUGGCCGACAACGUCGACGCCGUGGCCGCCGCCCUGGUGGACAAGUGGGUCCCCCAGAAGUGGAACAACGUGCGCGGCCUGUACAUCAAGGGCCCCGAGUCGGCCGCCCUGCCCAUCUGGCUGACCGACGAGUUGUGGGUCGAUAGCAAGGACGUCCUGUCCAACGAGGCUGCCGCCGCCAUCAAGGACAAGGAGGCCGAGAAGGCCAACGUCGGCAAGAAGAGGAAGUCUGUCACCGAAUCCGGCGAGGCUAAGGACGAGGCCGAGGGCGACUCUGCUGCUGCGCCUGCUAAGAAGGCUAAGAAGGGUGCCGACAAGCCCAAGAAGGAGGAGCGGAAGGAUGUCCCCGAGGGUGACGACGGCAAGCUUGACAAGCAGAUUUCCGACCGCAAGUCUAGGUUGAGGAAGCAGAAGGCUGCUGCUAGGAAGUCUGUGGACUAA